AAAAAAUGUCCCGAUGGUUAUUUACACUUUACACAGCGCGGUUCGGUUCGGGUCAAGGAAACCGUUAUAAAUAAGAAAGUUGCCGCCAUUUCAAAAAUACAAAUAGAUGAUGGAGAGAGAAGCUUCAAUCUGAAAUACACAUUACAGCUCACAUUUCACUAUCAAUUAUCCAGUGGAGAUUUCAAAAUCGUGGAUGUUAUUUUGAAGUUGUACAGAUCUAUGUAGUUAGUUUUGGAGUCUCGCUAUUUGGAAUUGAAUUUCAAUCGCUUCGAAUCGUUGCUUCGUGUUAUCUGAUUUUCAGCCAUUUCCUUCGCCUGAGUAUUUCAAAGUUUCGGAUCAGAACUUCUGCGAACAAGCCAUUAAUUGUGCUCGUCUGAAGGGUGAGAUGAGAUGCAAUGCUUGCUGGCGUGAACUGGAAGGACAGGCCAUCACCACCACUUGUGGCCACCUCUUCUGCCAGGACGAUGCCAGUAAGAUUCUCAGCAAUGAUGCUGCUUGUCCUAUCUGUGAUCAAGUAUUGUCUAAAAGUCUCAUGAAACCUGUGGACGUCAGUCCAAGUGAUGAAUGGACAAAUAUGGCCAUGGCCGGAAUAUCACCACAGAUAUUGAUGAAGAGUGCCUACAGAAGUGUGACUUUCUACAUAGGGCAAAAGGAAUUGGAAAUGCAAUUCAAGAUGAACAGGAUAGUAGCUCAAUGUCGUCAGAAAUGUGGGAUGAUGCAAGAAAAAUUCUCUGAAAAGUUGGAGCAAGUGCAUACUGCAUACCAGAAAAUGGGUAAAAGGUGCCAAAUGAUGGAACAAGAGAUUGAGAGCUUAUCUAAAGACAAGCAGGAACUCCAAGAAAAAUUUGCUGAGAAAUCCAGGCAAAAAAGAAAACUUGAUGAAAUGUAUGAUCAGUUGAGAGAUGAAUAUGAAUCAGUAAAGCGCUCAGCCAUUCAGCCAAAAAAAUUCUUUUCAAGAACAGAGCCAGAUUUGUUUGCGAAUAAUGCUAAUAUGAUGGACAACAGAGUUCACAUGGGAAAAGAUUGGUCGGUUCGCACUCCUGAAACUCCAGGGCCAAGAGAGGACAUUUGGCCUCCACCAAGACAGAACGGUUCUAACUCUGGCCCUUUCGAUAUCUCUAGUGGCUCCCCUGCAAGACAAUCAGCAAUACCAGUAGAUGCUGGAAACAGAAGGACAGGUGCAAGUUCUAUGCUUGGUGUUGGAACUGGAGCAGGCAACCCCACAAAGACCCUUAGGAAUCUCAUCUUUUCGCCGAUUAAACGACCUCAAGUCUCCCGCAAUCAGCCGCAGAUGUUCGCGUUGUAAGUGGGCAGAUAUUUCAGUUUCAAUAGUGUGGAGAAAUAUAUACUUGAGAUACAACGGCGGAUCAGGUUUCCUGACGUUUUCACUGUGAAUAUUUUAUGCAAUAAAGUGCCAGAUAUUGACAUGCUUGCUGACUUCGCUUAGUGGCAAAGUAAAGCUAAGAUGAUGUGAUGUGAUAUGAGUUACAAUAUAAUAGUUGCAACUUCUCUUACACUGUUAAGUGUAGGAUUCUAAUGCCACUAGAAGUCUUAACUUCUUCAAUAUUCCUUUCUCCUCCCCACUUUUUAAGGGCUAUCCUCAAUCGAAAAGAAUUGGAAAAGAAAAAAGAGGCAAGUGCUAACUAUAGAAUUACAUCCAUUUCUAAUGGAUGCAAGCUUACUAAAAUUAAAAGUAAAAUUACUGUUUACUGCAGUCACAUAGUUAUAUGCUUUACCAGUUCUGAUUUCUAAAGCAGCUAUCACCUCUAUUGAGCUUUACCUCCACACUACCAGUCCCAAAGUACUUCCAAGUUCCCAGUGAAAUUUCUCAAAAAGUACUUCAGAGUAUUGUUACUUUUUUUUUCUUUCUAAAUGUAGUAUGUAAGGGCUGUUUAGAACCUACAUAUGAUCUUCUGAAAUACUUCUAAAUUCAAGUCAUGUUCAUUUU